AUGGUUCGUUAUAUAGCGGCUAGAGAGGCCGCAUUGCUUGCUGCUGAAAUUGAGGCAUUUGCACCUCAGAUGCAAGUCACGGCGUUUGAUUCACCAGCGUCUCAGAUCUAUAGAAGGAUUACUCGCUCAAGUACCGCCACCCAGAGACAAUCUAAUACCACACCCCAGGCAAAUGCGAAUCAGCCGCAGGGGAAGCAGAAGGUACAAGGAAACAAGAAGAGAAGAGUCGUUCCAAAACUGAGCGAUGUGAACGAACUUCCUCACAAUCUCGGCUCACUACCUACGCUUUCUAAAAGCAAUGCUGUGGCGAAUGGCACCCCCAAGACAGAAAUCAAAGAAGAGGGCGUAGAUGCCCUUGCAAAUGAGCUCCAAUAUACCGUCGACAAAGCUACAAAAGUACUGGCAGAUUCGCCAUCCGAGGACAAGAAGAAGAGAGCGAAGAAAUCAAACCCCUAUGGACUAACGCCUGGCGUUACACCUUUCCCUGACUGGACUCGUCCAACGCCUGAGGAGUGCGAAGAGGUAAAUAGACUGCUGUCAUCUAUACAUGGGGAAAUCGUUGCCCCAACCACCAUUCCUGAGCCGUCGUUGACCGUGACUGGCUGCGGCGAAGUCCCUUCUGUGCUUGAUGCCCUAAUUCGCACUUUGCUCAGCGGCGCAACGACGGGCAAGAAUUCGGCCAUGGCGUUUAAUGGCCUCGUGCAGAAGUUCGGUAUACUGAACGAGGGAAUCGGCAAGGGUAGCGUGAAUUGGGACGCUGUUCGCCGGGCGCCCCUCAAGGAUGUAUUCGAGGCAAUCAAGUCCGGCGGCCUGGCUGACAACAAGAGCAAGAAUAUAAAGGCCACACUGGACAUGGUAUAUAAAGAGAACCAGGAGCGGAGGAAUAUCCUCGUCAAGGGGGAAGCCGAAGCCGAUGAUGGUAACGAAGACAAGUCUCAGACCGUUAAGCAACUCAACGACAAGUCCGAAGGCGAGAAGCAGUACGAGAUUGCAUGCGCCGACCAGAAUUUCCUCUCGCUUAACCACUUGCACGGUCUUCCUACGGAAGACGUCAUGACCGAGCUCGUGAAGUAUCCUGGGAUCGGGCCAAAAACGGCAGCCUGUGUUCUGCUAUUUUGUCUGCAGAGGCCGUGCUUCGCCGUCGACACUCAUAUCUUCCGUAUAUGCAAGUGGCUUGGCUGGGUGCCUCCCAGUAAGGCAACGGAAAUUACAGCCUUCAGUCAUUUGGAGGUGCGCAUCCCGGAUCAUCUGAAGUACUCGCUUCAUCAGCUGUUCAUCCGCCAUGGGAAGUCUUGCCCGCGCUGUAGGGCUAUCACUGGGCAGUCUUCUGCUGGCUGGGAAGAAGGAUGCGUGAUUGAUCAUCUUGUGACAAGGACAGGCAAGAGGAAGGGUGCUGUUGAAGGAGAAAAUGGCAAAAGUAAAAGGGCGAAGGAGUCCUCUACCUAA